GCCCCCACGAGUCAGAUCGGAAACGCAAGAGGCCAAUCGAUCGGCACUGACGCGACGCGCCACCAGAAGAGGCCAGGCCAUUUCCCCGACCACCACCGACCGACGAAUCCCGCGCCCGCUGCUCCUCGGCUCCGGCCACCACCCCCACCGGCGACGACAGAUCCAGGGCGGCCGGCGUGAAGGCGCGCGAUGGGCGGCCGCAAGCGCGCGCUCCUGGUGGGGAUCAACUACCCGGGCACCAAGGCCGAGCUCAAGGGCUGCCACAACGACGUCGACCGCAUGCACCGCUGCCUCGUCGACCGCUUCGGCUUCGACGAGGACGACAUCCGGGUCCUCUCCGACAAGGACCGCUCGGGGCCGCAGCCCACGGGGGUCAACAUCCGCCGCGCCCUCGCCCGUCUCGUCGCGGACGCCCGCCCCGGGGACUUCCUCUUCUUCCACUACAGUGGGCACGGCACGCGGCUGCCCGCCGAGACCGGCCAGCACGACGACACCGGCUACGACGAGUGCAUCGUGCCAUGCGACAUGAACCUCAUCACAGAUCAGGAUUUUAGGGAGCUUGUGCAGAAGGUCCCUGAUGGCUGCCUAUUUACCAUAGUUUCUGACUCAUGCCACAGUGGUGGCCUACUGGACAGUGCUAAGGAGCAGAUAGGUAAUAGCACCAGGCAGAAUAAGACCCAGUCCCGUGAACCUGAAGAGCGACCUGAUUCUGGUUCUGGCAGCAGCUUCCGGUCAUUCCUCAAGGAGACUGUCCGUGAUGCGUUCGAGUCUGAGGGAAUCCACAUCCCUCAUAGCCGCCGUGGCCAUAGCCACCAUGGAGGUGACGACCAGGAUGAGGCUUCGGAACAGCCGAGUGGGAAUGGCCGUAUCAAAAACCGCUCCCUGCCACUAUCAACGCUGAUAGAAAUGCUCAAGGAACAAACCGGAAAGGAUGACAUUAAUGUAGGUUCAAUCCGGAUGACACUAUUCAACAUCUUUGGUGAUGAUGCAAGCCCAAAGAUAAAGAAGUUCAUGAAAGUCAUGCUCGGAAAGUUCCAUCAGGGCCAGUCAGGUGAGCAUGGUGGUGGUGGUGGUGUCAUGGGCAUGGUUGGUGCCCUUGCUCAGGAGUUCCUGAAGGCUAAGCUUGAAGGCAAUGAGGAGGAAGCUUUCAAGCCAGCCAUAGAGCAAGAGGUUCACAGUGUUGAUGAGGUGUAUGCCGGGACUAAGGCCUGGGCACCCAACAAUGGCAUUCUGAUAAGUGGGUGCCAAACCAACCAGACAUCUGCCGAUGCAACCACGCCGCAGGGUGUCUCAUUUGGUGCUCUCAGCAAUGCUAUACAAACUAUUCUUGCAGGCAAGCACGGGAAGGUGACAAACAAGGAUCUAGUGAUGAAAGCACGUGAGAUACUGUCUAAGCAAGGGUACACUCAGCAGCCUGGGCUUUACUGCGGUGAUGAGAAUGUUCAUGUGGCUUUCAUAUGCUAAAACAUGUUACAGUAUUUUCUUUCCACCUUUUGAGUUGAGCUGUGCAUGAGAGGUUGAAAUUUUCCUUGUUUGCCUUGGUAUGUCAAUUAUGUGCUGGUGUUAAUGUUGCUUGUGGAUACUGAAAUAACUAUGAGAAAGGCCCUAUUAUAUAUAUAUAUAUAUAUAUAAGAAUAAUAUGUAUAUCUGUAUCA